AUGUUCGCCGGCGGCACACACAUCACGGCGACGCAGUACACGAUGCACCAGUCCGGCUCCGGCAGCUGGCCCGUCGGCUCGCGCGACGCAGCGUCCGAGGCGACGCGGCUGAUCAAGACGGUCGAGAGCGUGUACUCGCAGAGCAUGUCGCACGCCGACGAGGCGAAGAAGCGCGAGCACGACUCGGCACGGACGCAGCAGGAGCUGCAGCGCGUCGUCCAGGACAACGAGAAGCUGCGCGCGAAGCUGCAGCACGACGAGCGCCUGCUGGAGAACCGGCUGCGCAUCGAGGCCAUCUCCGAGUCGCAGAGGGGCUUCAAGACCCAGAUCAAGGAGUACGGCGCAAUCAUCCACAACAUGAAGGAGGCGACCGACGCGAAGCGGAAGCAGCUCGCAGACUAUAGCUCGGCUAUCGACGACAUCAAGGAGAAGCAGAAGGACCGCAAGGAGCUGCGGCGCAGAAACACGCUGCUCAGCCGCAACCUCCACGGCCUGAAGCAGCAGCUGGCCGACUCGGAGCGGACGGGCACCGAGCGGGCAAAGGCGCUCGAGGCGGAGGCCCAGCGCUUCCGCACUUCGUUGGAGGAGAAGCAUCUCGCUGGCGCGAGACAAGGCUGCGCUAGAGGAGCUGCGCGCCAGUUCGGGCGGAUCGAAGAGGCGGCGCAAAAGGCCGACGGCGAGCACAAGUCCGUCGCCAGCGAGCGAGACGCACAGAUCGAGCAGCUGAAGAAAGAGCUUGGCGAUGCGCAGAAGCAGCACAGCGAUGACAAGGACCAGAUGCAGCGCCAGAAUCAGCAGCAGCUGCUCAACCUGCAAGGCCAGCUCAACGAGGCGGGGCGCGCCAAGAAGCAAGAGGCGGACGAGGCGGCCCAGACACGUCAGAAGCUCGAGGCACAACUCGCCGCGCUUCGUGAGGAGUCUGACAAGAAGCUCAGCGCUGAGCAGAGCCAAGCCCGCGAGCUGCAAGGAGAGCUGGAGGCGGCCAAGGCCGAGCUUGGCGAGGCUGGCGAGCGUGCCACUGCGGCCGAGGCGCGGGUGGCGGAACUCGAGCACCAGCUCCAGCUCGGGUCCAGGGCCGCGCAGCCGACGCCGCAGCACGCCGCAGCGCGCCCGCCAGGCGGCGCCGCAACGCCCAAGAGCCGUUCGCUCAGCUACCGUCCCGGCCGUGGGCCCCGUGCGCCAGCCGUCCGGUACGGUAGCUCAACCGGCUCAAACCCGAUGAUCACCCCCGCCUCGAGCGUCUCGCCCGAACCACCCAAGACGCUGCCCGAGCGCACGCCACGCGCCGAGGAGGGGGGCGGCGGCAAGCCCCCGCAGCUGGACUCCGAGCCGUCGGCGCGAAAGGUGCCGGAGCAGCCACGCCGCUCGGUGGGGCAGCAGAAGCGCAAGGAGGGGCCGCCGUCGUCGCCGACGAAGGAGUCUACACCGCCGGCUCAAUCGCAGUUCGUUGCGAAGCCGGAGGGGGCGGCGCAAGGCCCACCUCGGCGCUCGGCUGGAGGAUCGACGAAGCUUCGCCGCACCGCCCUCAGCCGCCGCACGCAGCCGGGGACGAAGGCGCAGCCGGCAAAGGGGCGCGACGUCUUCGACCUCGACGUCUUCGAUGACUGA